ACUCCUCCUGCCAUCCACGCGAUGGGUGUUGGCCGGAGGAAGCUGGGCCUGCUCUGGGCCCUGGCUCUCGCCCUGGCCUGCACCGGGCAUACAGGCCACGCCCAGGAUGGCUCCUCGGAAUCCAGUUACGAGCACCACCCCGUCCUCCCUCCCGUUGCCCAGGGGCCCGGCGGUGUCCCGCUCCGAGGGGUGACCAUCUUCCCGCCUAUGAGGACAGUCCCUGUGGUAAGAGCCUCCAACCCGGCGCACAACGGGCGUGUGUGCAGCACGUGGGGUGACUUCCACUACAAGACCUUCGACGGCGACGUCUUCCGUUUCCCCGGCCUCUGCAACUACGUGUUCUCCGAGCACUGCGGCGCCGCCUACGAGGACUUCAACGCAGCUGCGCCGAAGCCGGGAGUCGGGCUCCCCCGCGCUGAGCAGGGUCCUCAUGAAGGUGGACGGUGUGGUCAUCCAGCUCACCAAGGGCUCCGUCCUGGUCCACGGCCGCCCGGUCCAGCUGCCCUUCAGCCAGUCUGGGGUCCUCAUUGCAGAGCAGCAGCUACACCAAGGUGGAAGCCAGGCUGGGCCUUGUCCUCAUGUGGAACCACGAUGACAGCCUGCUGCUGGCCUCUGGAUUCCAAAUACGCCAACAACCUGUGGGCUCUGCGGGGACUUCAACGGCCUGCCCGUGGUCAGCGAGCUCCUCUCCCACAACACCAAGCUGACACCCAUGGAGUUCGGGAACCUGGAAGAUGGACGGCCCCACAGAGCAGUGUCCCGACCCUGUCCCUGAACCCCCGAGGAACUGCUCCACUGGCUUUGGGCAUCUGUGAGGAGCUCCUGAGCAGCCGGCUGUUCUCCGACUGCACGGCCCUGGUGGACGUGGGCAGCUACCUGGAGGCCUGCAGGCAAGACCUCUGCUCCUGCGAAGGCACCGACCUGUCCGGCUGCGUCUGCCACACCCUCGCCGAGUACUCCCGGCAGUGCGCCCACGCGGGGGGUCUGCCCCAGGACUGGCGGGGCCCGGACCUCUGCCCCCAGACGUGCCCCCACAACAUGCAGUACCACGAGUGCCACUCGCCCUGCACAGACACCUGCUCUAACCAGGAGCACUCCCGGGCCUGCGAAGACCACUGUGUGGCCGGCUGCUUCUGCCCUGAGGGGAUGGUGCUAGAUGACGUCGGCCAGACCGGGUGUGUGCCUGUGUCGCAGUGCGCCUGCGUCCACAACGGGGCCGUCUAUGCCCCGGAGGCCACCUACUCUACAGACUGUACCAACUGCACCUGCUCCGGAGGCCGGUGGAGCUGCCAGGAGGUCCCGUGCCCGGGCACCUGCUCUGUGCUUGGAGGGGCCCACUUCUCGACGUUCGACGGGAGGCACUACACGGUCCAUGGGGACUGCGGCUAUGUGCUGACCAAGCCCUGUGACAGCAGCGCCUUCACUGUGCUGGCCGAGCUGCGCAGGUGUGGGCUGACGGACAGUGAGACCUGCCUGAAGAGCGUGACGCUGAGCCUGGAUGGAGCGCGGACGGUGGUGGUGAUCAAGGCCAGUGGGGAAGUGUUCCUGAACCAGAUCUACACCCAGCUGCCCAUCUCUGCAGCCAACAUCACCAUCUUCAGACCCUCGACCUUCUUCAUCAUUGCCCAGACCAGCCUGGGGCUGCAGCUGGACCUGCAGCUGGUGCCCACCAUGCAGCUCUUCGUGCGGCUGGCACCAGAGCUCCGCGGGCGGACCUGCGGUCUCUGUGGGAACUUCAACAGCAUCCAGGCCGAUGACUUCCGGACCCUCAGUGGGGUGGUGGAGGCCACGGCCGCGGCCUUCUUCAACACCUUCAAGACCCAGGCCGCCUGCCCCAACGUCAGGAACAGCUUCGAGGACCCCUGCUCCCUGAGCGUGGAGAACGAGAAGUAUGCUCAGCACUGGUGCUCACAGCUGACCGACACUGACGGCCCCUUCAGCCGCUGCCACGCGGCUGUGAACCCAGCCACCUACUACUCGAACUGCAUGUUUGACACCUGCAACUGUGAGCUCAGCGAGGACUGCUUGUGUGCCGCCCUGUCCUCCUACGUGCACGCCUGCGCCGCCAAGGGCGUGCAGCUCAGCGGCUGGAGGGGUGGCAUCUGCACAAAGCCCACGACCACCUGCCCCAAGUCAAUGACCUACCACUACCAUGUCAGCACCUGCCAGCCCACCUGCCGCUCCCUGAGUGAGGGGGACGUCACCUGCAGUGUGGAGUUCGUCCCUGUGGAUGGCUGCGUCUGUCCUGAGGACACCUUCCUGGAUGACACGGGAAAGUGUGUGCCGGCCACCAGCUGUCCCUGCUACCACCGCGGCUCCGUCAUCCCCAGCGGGGAGUCAGUGCACGACAGCGGGGCCAUCUGCACCUGCACGCACGGGCAGCUGAGCUGUAUCGGAGGCCAAGCCCCCACGCCAGUGUGUGCUGCGCCCAUGGUGUUCUUUGACUGCCGCAAUGCCACGCCCGGAGACACAGGGGCUGGCUGUCAGAAGAGCUGCCACACCCUGGACAUGACCUGUUACAGCCCCCAGUGCGUGCCCGGCUGCGUGUGCCCCAAUGGGCUGGUGGCGGACGGCGAGGGCGGCUGCAUUGCUGCAGAGGACUGCCCCUGUGUGCACAACGAGGCCAGCUACCGGGCCGGCCAGACCAUCCGGGUGGGCUGCAAUACCUGCACCUGUGAAAGCAGGAUGUGGCGGUGCACAGAUGACCCCUGCCUGGCCACCUGCGCUGUGUACGGGGACGGCCACUACCUGACCUUCGACGGGCAGAGCUACAGCUUCAAGGAGACUGCGAGUACACACUGCUGCAGAACGACUGUGGCGGGAACGGAAGCGUGCAGGACUCCUUCCGUGUCGUCACGGAGAACGUCCCCUGCGGCACCACGGGGACCACCUGCUCCAAGGCCAUCAAGAUCUUCCUGGGGCGGCUCCGAGCUGAAGCUGAGCCACGGGAAGGUGGAGGUGAUCGGGAUGGGCGAGGGGCAGGAGGUGCCGUACGCCAUCCGGCAGAUGGGCAUCUACCUGGUGGUGGACACGGACGUCGGCCUGGUGCUGCUAUGGGACAAGAAGACCAGCAUCUUCAUCAGCCUCAGCCCCGAGUUCAAGGGCAGGGUCUGCGGCCUGUGCGGGAACUUCGACGGCAAUGCCAACAACGACUUCACCACGCGGAGCCGGUCCGUGGUGGGGGAUGCGCUGGAGUUCGGGAACAGCUGGAAGCUCUCCCCGUCCUGCCCGGACGCCACGGUGCCCAAGGACCCCUGCACGGCCAACCCCUUCCGCAAGUCCUGGGCCCAGAAGCAGUGCAGCAUCCUCCACGGCCCCACCUUCGCCGCCUGCCACGCACAUGUGGAGCCGGCCAGGUACUACGAGGCCUGCGUGAACGACGCGUGCGCCUGUGACUCGGGGGGCGACUGCGAGUGCUUCUGCACGGCUGUGGCCGCCUACGCCCAGGCCUGCCACGAAGUGGGGCUGUGUGUGUCCUGGAGGACCCCCAGCAUCUGCCCUCUGUUCUGUGACUACUACAACCCUGAGGGCCAGUGUGAGUGGCACUACCAGCCCUGCGGGGCGCCCUGCCUGCGGACCUGCCAGAACCCCCGUGGAGACUGCCUGCAUGGCCUUCGGGGCCUGGAAGGCUGCUACCCCAAGUGCCCGCCAGAGACUCCCAUCUUUGAUGAGGAGCAGAUGCAGUGUGUGGCCAGAUGCCCGACCCCGCCCCCGUCCCCACCCUGCCGCGUGCACGGCAAGUCCUACCGGCCCGGCACGGUGGUGCCCUCGGACAAGAACUGCCAUUCCUGCCUCUGCACCGAGCGCGGCGUGCAGUGCACCUACGACGCCAAAGCCUGUGUCUGCAGCUAUGGCGGGCAGCGCUUCUGGCCCGGGGAUGUCAUCUACCACACCACGGACGGCAUGGGCGGCUGCAUCUCCGCCCGCUGCGGGGACAACGGCACCAUCGAGAGGAGGGUCUACCCCUGCAGCCCCCCCACCCCCGCGCCCACAACCACCUUCUCCUUCUCCACACCUCCGCUCGUUGUGAGCUCCACGCCUGUCCCCAGCACCAGCCCAAGCAAGGCGCACACGGGUCACCCCAGCAGCGCCUGGUCCACCACAGCGGGCAUUUCUCCCAGGACGAGGCCGUCCACAGCCUCCGCCUCGCCGCAGCCAGCCUGUGGGGAGGAGUGCCUGUGGUCGCCGUGGCUGGACAUCAGCCGUCCCGGACGGGGCGUGGACAGCGGUGACUUUGACACGCUGGAGAACCUCCGCGCUCAUGGGUACCCGGUGUGCAUGGCGCCCAGGUCGGUGGAAUGCCGAGCGGAGGACGCACCUGGGGUGCCGCUCCAAGCCCUGGGUCAGCGUGUGCUGUGCAGCCCGGGCGUGGGACUGAUCUGCCUUAACAGGGAGCAGGCGUCUGGGCUCUGCCACAACUACCAGGUCCGUGUGCUGUGCUGCACGCCCCUGACCUGCUCCACCGCCAGCACAGCCCCGACCACCCUUCCAGCCACCUCCAAGACCACCGAGACCUGGGCCUCAGCCUCCUCUGCCCCCAGCAGCACACCUGGCCCUGGGGAUCUUUCUACAGCCAGGACAACACCCGCCCCAGGCACUACUUCAUCUGUGGAAACACCUGUCUCAACUCCCAGCCCUUCGUCAGGGCCGGCCACGUCGUCAACGCCGGCCACAGCGCCAGGGACCUCAGCGGUCUCCCGCAAGACCGCCCCUCCCGAGCCCAGCACGGUCUCCUGCCUGCAGGAGUUCUGCACCUGGACGGAGUGGAUUGAUGGCAGCUACCCGGGUCCCAGCAUAAGUAGCGGAGAUUUUGACACAUUUCAGAAUCUGAGAGCCAAAGGAUACAAGUUCUGUGAACAUCCUCGAGGGGUGCAGUGCCGGGCGGAGAGCUUCCCCAACACGCCGCUGGCAGAGCUGGGGCAGGACGUCACCUGCAGCCCCACGGAGGGCCUGAUUUGCCUCAACAAGAACCAGCUCCCGCCCAUCUGCUACAACUACCAGAUCCGCAUCCAGUGCUGCCAGACGGUGGACGUGUGCAGAGACGUCACCAGAACGCCCAAGACGGCCACAACCACACAGACGACCCCACAUCGAGCCGGCGCCAGGACCCAGGCCACCUCAACCACACACGUGCCCUCGGCCUCCGCACCGCACCCCACAGCCACCUCCACAGCAACCAGUGUCACCCACGGCACCCACACCCGACCAGUCACCAGAGACUGUCAGCCCCGCUGCAGCUGGACCAAGUGGUUCGACGUGGACUUCCCGUCCCCCGGGCCCCACGGGGGAGACGAGGAGACCUACAGGAACAUCAUCCGGAGCGGGGAGAGAAUCUGUCGCCGACCUGAGGACAUCACCAGGAUCCAGUGCCGAGCUGAGAGCCACCCGGACGUGAGCAUCGAACACCUGGGCCAGGUGGUGCAGUGCAGCCGCCAGGAGGGCCUGGUGUGCCGGAACCAGGACCAGCAGGGGCCCUUCAAGAUGUGCCUCAACUACGAGGUGCGCGUGCUCUGCUGCGGGACCCCCAAAGGCUGCCCCGUGACCUCCAUUUCUCCCUAUGGGACUUCUACCACAACCACACCUCCUUCCCCGUCCACCUUCGUGCCAUCCACCAUUGUGCCGUCCACCUCCGUGGCAUCCACGUCUGUGGCACCGAGCUCUGUGGCUUACACCACCCCAACCUGCUUCUGCAACGUGGCUGGUCAGCUGUACCCCGCAGGGUCCACCAUAUACCGCCACAGAGACCUCGCCGGCCACUGCUACUACGCCCUGUGCAGCCAGGAUUGCCAAGUGGUCAGAGAGGUUGACAGCGACUGCCCGUCCACCACGCUGCCGCCUGCCCCGGCCACGUCCCCUUCCACAGCCACCUCUGAGCCCGUCACGGAGCUGGGAUGCCCCAAUGCGGUGCCCCCCAGAAAGAAAGGGGAGACCUGGCCCAUGCCCAGCUGCUCCGAGGCCACCUGCGAGGGCCACAACGUCAUCUCUCUGCGCCCACUCACGUGCCCGAGGGUGGAGAAGCCCACGUGCGCCAACGGGUACCCGGCCCUGAAGGUGGCUGAGCAGGACGGCUGCUGCCAUCAGUACCAGUGCCAGUGUGUGUGCAGCGGCUGGGGCGACCCGCACUACAUCACCUUCGACGGUACCUACUACACCUUCCUGGACAACUGCACCUAUGUGCUGGUGCAGCAGAUCGUGCCCGUGUUCGGCCACUUCCGCGUCCUCGUCGACAACUAUUUCUGCAACGCGGAGGAUGGGCUCUCCUGCCCGAGGUCCAUCAUCCUGGAGUACCGGCAGGACCGCGUGGUGCUGACCCGCAGGCCAGUCCGCGGGGUGAUGACCAACGAGAUCAUCUUCAACAACAAGGUGGUCAGCCCCGGCUUCCAGAAAGACGGCAUCGUGGUCUCCCGUGUGGGCAUCAAGAUGUACGCGGCCAUCCCGGAGCUGGGCGUGCGGGUCAUGUUCUCUGGCCUCAUCUUCUCCGUGGAGGUGCCCUUCAGCACCUUUGCCAACAACACCGAGGGCCAGUGUGGCACGUGUACCAACGACCGUAAGGAUGAGUGCCGCAUGCCAGGAGGACGGGUGGCCACUUCCUGCUCGGAGAUGGCCGGCCUCUGGAACGUGAGCAUCCCCGGCCAGCCAGCCUGCCACGGUCCCCGCCCAGCACCCACCCCCGCCGGGCUCACCACCGCCGGGCUCACCACCGCCGUGCCCACCACAUUCAGGCCCACCACCCCGCCUGCUCCGUGCCCUCCAGCACCCAUCUGCCAGCUGAUUCUGAGCAAGGUCUUCGAGCCGUGCCACACUGUGAUCCCGCCACUGCCCUUCUACGAGGGCUGUGCCUUCGACCAGUGCCACAUGACCGACCUGGAUGUGGUGUGCUCCAGCCUGGAGCUGUACGCGGCGCUCUGCGCGUCCCAGGGCAUCUGCGUCGACUGGAGAGGCCACAGCAACCACACGUGCUCGUUCACCUGCCCCACCAACACUGUGUACCUACCCUGCGGCCCGACCAGCCCCUCCUACUGCCAUGGGAACGACAGCGCUGGCCUUGCAGCUCUGCAGGAGGCUGGCCCCAUCACUGAAGGCUGCUUCUGCCCGGAGGGCAUGAUCCUCUUCAGCACCAGUGCCCAAGUCUGCGUGCCCAGGGGCUGCCCCCGGUGUCUGGGGCCCCACGGAGAACCGGUGGAGGUGGGCCACACCGUCAGCAUGGACUGCCAGGAGUGCACGUGCGAGUCGGCCACCUGGACGCUGACCUGCCGGCCCAAGCCCUGCCCGCCACCCCCUGCCUGCGCCCUGCCCGGCUUCGUGCCUGUGCCUGCAGCCCCGCAGGCCGGCCAGUGCUGCCCCCAGUACAGCUGUGCCUGCAACUCCAGCCACUGUCCCCCACCCGUGGGCUGUCCCGAGGGCGCCCGCGAGAUCCUGACCCACGAGGAGGGAGGCUGCUGCCCGGUCCAAAACUGCAGCUGGACAGUGUGCAGCGUCAACGGGACCCUGUACCAGCCCGGCGCUGUGGUCUCCUCAAGCCUGUGCGAAACCUGCAGGUGUGAGCUGCCCGGCGGUUCCCUGUCGGCCUCAUUUGUAGUCAGCUGUGAGACCCAGAUCUGCAACACACACUGCCCCAUGGGCUUCGAGUACCGGGAGCAGCGUGGGCAGUGCUGUGGCACCUGUGUUCAGGUCGCCUGUGUCACCAACACCAGUGAGAGCUCCGCCCACCUCUUCUACCCCGGCGAGACCUGGUCAGACCCUGGGAACCACUGUGUGACCCACGAGUGUGAGAAGCACCGGGACGGGCUUGUGGUGGUCACCACGAAGAAGGCGUGCCCCCCACUCAGCUGUUCUCUGGACGAGGCCCGCAUGAGCGAGGACGCCUGCUGCCUCUUCUGCCCACCGCCCCCGCCCCAGAACCAGUCCACCUGUGCCGUGCACUAUCGGAGCCAAACCAUCCGGCAGCAGGGCUGCCAAUCCGAGGGGCCCGUGCGCCUGGCCUACUGCCAGGGCAACUGCGGGGACAGCUCCUCCAUGUACUCGCUCAAGGCCAACGUGCUGGAGCACAGGUGCCGGUGCUGCCAGGAGCUGCGGACCUCGCCAAGGAACGUGACCCUGCACUGCGCCGACGGCUCCCGCCGGGCCUUCCGAUACACAGAGGUGGAAGAGUGCGGCUGCACGGGCCAGCGGUGCCCUGCGCCGGGCGACACCCAGCACUCGGAGGAGGCGGAACCUGAGCAGAGUCAGGAGGCGGAGAGCGGGAGCCGGGAGAGAGGGGCCCCAGCGUCCUCCAUCAACUGACCGGCCCUGCCGUCCUCCCGACCCCCAAGAAGAACCGCCUAAGUGUCCUACCAGUUUGACUUCCAAAGCCAGUAGAACCUGUGCCCUCGACCAGGCG